AUGGCAUCCAGCCAACAGCUUGACAACAGCUCGAAAGGUAGAGUAGCAGUGUUAGGACUGGGUAUAUCAGGUAUCGUCCAGGUCAAAAACCUAGUGCAACAAGGUUUCCAAGUGGUUGGAUUUGAACGAAAUGAUUAUUAUGGUGGAUUAUGGAGGUAUACCGAGGAUAAGGAACAGAUCUCCGUUCUGAAGAACACGAUAGCUAAUACUUCCAAGUACUUUGGUCAUUACACGGACUUCCCAUUCAGCGAUAACGUCCUUACAUACCCUCGUGCAUCAGAUAUCUACUCUAACCUUCAAGAUUAUGUGGAUCAUUUUGACCUUCUCCAAUACAUGCGACUAGGUAUCACCGUCACCCUGUUAGAGCGAUCUCAGGAUGGUCAAGCAUGGAACAUUCAUUGCACCUCGGGUGGCAAAGAUAGGGUUGAAAGGUUCGAUAAGGUGGUGGUAUGUACUGGACCAUGGGAGAAGAGCUAUAAGCCCAGGUAUAAGGGAGAAGAGGAUUUCAAAGGGGAAUUCGUUCUGGGAAAGGAACACAAAGGCCCCGAGGAGUAUGCUGGCAAGAGGGUUGUGGUGGUCGGAAUGUCAUACACUGCUUGUGACACUGCUGUGGACUUGGUGGGAGUCGCCAAAGAGGUCUACAUGUCACAUCGAUCAGGUGUAAGGAUAUGUCCUCGUAUAGUCGUCGGAAAGGCAUUCGACACCAAAGUCACCCGUCAACUCAGCUCGCUCAUGACAUUCUUCGACAAGUACAUCCCGUGGUUGGGCGAUUACAUCCCCAACAAAGUGAUGGUCUCCAACAUGCUCAAGGUCUAUCCGAAUCUCAAACCCGAGUGGAAAUUGCUUCCUGCACCGGCAUUCAAAAACACCUGGGGAGUGAUUAACGAUCAUAUCAUUGAUAAAUUCACUUCUGGCGAGAUAAUCCCUUUGAACGGUAUAAAAUCAUUCACACCUGAUGGAAUCAUCACUGAGGAUUUUAAUGGUCAGGAAAUGCAUACUGAGGUGGAUGUGGUGAUAUUCUGUACCGGUGCAUACUUUGAUUAUUCGAAUCUAUCACCUGAAGCUAAUCCAACGAUUCAUCAACCGAAAGAAUGGGAAAAUUUAGAACAUUCAAAUGGAUUGCUAUAUCCUAGAUUAUAUCAAAACAUCUUUCAUCCUCAUUUCAUUGAUUCCCUAGCAUUUAUAGGUCCAUGUAAAGGAUUUAGUUUUGCCAUCCAUCCAAAUAGCGACCUCAUCUCUCAAGCGAUCUCUCAAGUUUUCGCUGGUAACCUCAAUUCCACAGACAAAUUGCCGCAAAGUAAAGAAGAAGUGGACGAAUGGUGUGAAGGUAAUUACCAAGCUAAUGUAAGAUUGGUAAAGCGUUGGAGGGCAUUCAGGACUGGACCGACUAUUGCGAGAGAUUUCGAAUCAUUCCUCAACGAUGUGGCCGGAACGAGCGUGAAUGAGUAUCUGGGAGGAUGGGGCUGGAAGGCAUGGAAGUUCUGA